AUGUUUUGUUUUCAGGGCUUUAACAUUAGGAGUGUGGCCUCACAUGGGAUGAAACUGAAUGUUUGGGAUAUCGGCAGUCAGAGGAAGAUCAGUGCUUUCUGGAAAAAAUACCUAGAAAAAACUGAUUUAUUGAUUUACAUCAUCGACAGCAUUGACAAAAAGCACUUUGAGGAAACAGGAAUGGAACUGUCAGAGCUGAUCGAUGAGGAAAACCUCGCCGGCAUUCCCGUCCUGGUUUUUGCGAAUAAGCAGGAUUUGACAGCGGCGUGUCCGGCCAGUGAGAUCGCCAAGGGUCUGAACCUGCACACGUACAGAGACAGAGUCUGGCAGAUACAGGCCUGUUCUGCAGUCACGGGAGAGGGUGUACAGGUGAGAAAUAACCUGAAAACGUCUCCCAUCACUUCAGCUUUUUCACAUUCUACAACAAGUUUCUCCGUAUAUAUUUACAAGAUGGUAUGAACUGGAUUUCCAACAACCUCGGGAACAAAAAGAAAUGAAGUUUCCUGCGUGUGCCGUCCCAUCAUACAACACAAGCUUUGUGCAACAGACACAUGUAAUGAUGCUUUUCAUUUGCAUAUGAUGAGAGACUCGGAGCCGCAUAAUGAACAUUUUCAUAUAUGGAAAUCCAUCAGU